CCCAAAAUUCAAUUUGUUUCAAAACCCAUCACAAAUGGCGGCAUCUUUCUCCUUUAAACACACACCAUUUUCACACAUCUCCCCCCAUCAGUUUUUCUGUUGUGUUUGAUUCGUUAAACAAUAAAACAUUUUAACUCAUGGCUGAUCAGGAGAACAACAAGAGGGUUACACGGAUGGCUAAGAAGAGAGCCAUGGAAGCAAUCGAGUCCCAGUUGCAACCGGUGAACAAGAAGCGGGUGGUUUUGGGUGAGAUCUCCAACAAUACGGUGUCGUUUAGACGUGAGACUGUUAAAUCUGUUACUGUUAAGGCCCAGAAGCAGAAAUGUAGAUCGAAAAAGGUGAAGAAGCCUCAAGUAUUUGCGGAUACUAAUAAUGAGAAAUCAAGUGAUCCCCAGAUGUGUGAAGCUUAUGUUUCUGAUAUUUAUGAGUAUCUUCAUAAUAUGGAGAGAGAGGCACAUAGAAGACCGAUAGCGGAUUACAUCGAGAAAGUGCAGAAGGAUGUUGGUAUAAAUAUGAGGGGGGUAUUAAUUGAUUGGUUGGUGGAAGUUGCUGAGGAGUAUAAGCUUCUUUCGCACACUUUGUAUCUCACCGUCUCGUACAUAGAUAGAUUCUUAUCUGUAAAUGUGCUUAACAGAAAGAGGCUGCAACUUCUUGGUGUUUCUUCGAUGCUCAUCGCAGCAAAAUAUGAAGAAAUUAGCCCCCCGCAUACGGAAGAUUUCUGUUACAUCACGGAUAAUACUUACACGAAGCAAGAGGUUGUGAAAAUGGAAGCUGAUGUGCUUAAAGCUCUCAAAUUUGAAAUGGGCAAUCCGACAGUUAAAUCUUUCCUUAGAAGAAUUACCAUGGUUGCUCAAGAAGAUUAUGCACUAAGCUCGUAUAUGCAGUUAGAGUUCUUGGGUUAUUAUUUGGCUGAGUUAAGUUUAUUAGAGUAUGGUUGCCUCAAGUUUUUGCCUUCCAUGGUAGCUGCGUCUGUUAUCUUUCUUUCACGAUUCACACUCAAACCAAGGGCACAUCCAUGGAAUCCGGCUUUGGAGCAACUCUCUGGAUACAAGCCAUCCGACUUGAAAGAAUGUGUUCAAAUUUUACAUGAUCUACAAUCGGGUAGAAGAGCAGGCAAUCUGGUGGCAGUUAGAGAAAAAUACAAGCAACAUAAGUUCAAAUGCGUAUCUGCAUUGUCAUCUCCAUCGACAAUACCGGCUUCCUUUUUUGAUGAUGUCAAAGAAUAAGUGUUUUUGCAUAGUAUAAAUGUAAAUGAAGAUUAAUGGUCUGAUGAUCACAAGCAGCUUGAUUAGAAGAGGGAUUCGUCUUUGACUUUCCUAACACGAUCUAGAAGUAUUGACUGACAUUGUUCUUUUAUGUAUGCAAUUGUUGAUAAAGGUCAGAAUUUUGGUUGUUUCGGAUCGUAGUGUAUGAUAUAUAGAUUGUUUUGUUAGUA